AUGCCACCAGUCUAUUGUGAAGGGGAAAUGGCCGAACUCUGCCAACAUGCGUACUGCUUCCGUGGUGCACCAACUAUUUUGGAUUCUUACUUACUCGGUCCUAUUGAUGCAUAUGUCAUUGCCGGAUUGAUUCAUCAUAACAAAAAGUUUCACGGACGCCACUUGGUGGGGCAAAUGGAUCGCUUGAAGGACAUGCUGGAGGAGAAGAACACGUUGUUGCACAUUCCAUACAGCAGAAAGUUCCUCUCCUCUUUGAGAAAUAAAAUCUUGCAUAUUGAACACCAGAUGGAACACAGAGAAGCCGACAUGGAACGCUCUGCUCGCAAGAAGGAGGAGGACCGAGGAAAUCAGGUCAAGACAUUGAACUCGAAGAGAAUAGAGCCAGCAGAGGAAAAGAAAGCAACGCCAAAAAAAGCGAAGAAGGCGAAGCAAUCAAAGAAGAUAAAUUAG